CUGUCGUUGUCGUCGUUGUUGUCGUUGUCUUCGUCAUCACCAUCAUCAUCAUCAUCAUCGUCGUCGUCGUCGUCGUCGUCGUCGUCGUCGUCAUUGUUAUCAUUGUUGCCAUUGUCAACGUUUUUGACGCCGAUAAUGACAAUAAUAUCAUCUCAAAUUGCGCGGUAAAGAAAGUGUGUGUAUGUGUAAUUCUCUAUUUGUGUGUGUGUAAGCGAGAAAGAGGGGGAGAUUGCAAAUACAGUCGCUGAUAAAGAUACAGAUGGGGUGGAAAAGCAAAAGAGUACAAGGGAGUGAGAAAUCAAAGACGAAAAGAAACAACAGGGGAUAUAUGAAGCUAGAAGAGGGUAUUUAGGAGACAACCCUAAGGACGGAUUUUCCGAACGAAAGAAGACGAUAUCGUGAGUUGGAAGGGGUGAAAGUAAAAAAAGGCGGAUGGGAGGGAGUGCAAGAGAGGUACGAAGAAGGGGCAACAGUGUGGGGGAGAGUCGCGAGCUGUGUGACACGAGAGAAACACAGAAGAUCUGAAAUCGAAAACUCAGCGGUUGUGGCUCGUGGUUAAGUAGGAUGCGUGUGCUUGGGUGCGGCGUCUCGCCACCACCCGACAAGCGACGGUUUAGCAACGUUAACAGCACCCGUUAUACUAUCGCCAAAGGAAAAGCCGGUGUUUGGAACGACAGUCCCGCGAGGACAUUUAUCGAGAGCGCGGAAUCACUCGCGAGAGGUAGCGCGAGCAAGUACUUCGACCAGGUAACCAAGGACGGGACGAGAAAUCAGAGUUUUCUUCAAAGUUUGGAAACGGCGCGACUGUAUCGUACUGUUUUUGUCCGAAAAGUUCGCGAAGAAGAAGAAUUUGUUCGAUCGACGUGUUUUAUCCUCGUGAACAGCAAUUUAACGGUAUUUUUGCACUCCAAGGUGUUACUCCGAGGGUUUAGCCGGGUGUACUUGGUACGGAAUCCUCGUUAUCGGCAUUGUCGCGGAAAACAUACGAUCGACAAUACAUUUUGGGACAAAGUCACAAGAAGAAACGAUUCCAAUUCUACCAACUCGUACUAAGUUUAAUAAAGUCUAUUAGCUAUUUUCUACAUGGUAACGAUUGUCGUUGGAUCGGUAGUGGCUGGACAUUAAAACGCGCGUCGUAUUAGUUGGACGACGCGUGCGGCGUCGGGCGGCGUCGAGCGGCGUCGAGUGGUACCAAACGGCGUCGGACAGCGGCGGGGUCGUACCGGCUCCAGCCUGGCUCUCAGACAACGUCCAGACUACUCAUGUUCAUCCCAGAUACUUUGAGAAGCUGCAUGGUGGAACCAGAUGUCUCGACUUACCUGCAGGCUCCUUCUGUUGGACAGCUACUCAUUGCUAAAAGUUGCUGAAAGGAAUAGCGCUUCUUCGCGGUCGGAUCCAGAGAAUAGUUGAUCGCCGAGUGAAUGCCAAAACAACUCCACGUGGUAGCGUGGUCCGUAAAAGUUACGCUUACGUGCCAAUGUCGAACGAUUGACAGACAGUUGACAUAGAAGGACGUGUACUUUCGAUUAUCACAGUGCCAGUGUUAAAAGUGGGGAUGCUUAAAUCUGUCGAAUAAUUGGAAAGUACGAAAAGAAAAAAGGAAAGAAGGAGUAAGAAAUGUGUACGGUUGCGCGAGUCAAGUAUUAGCUCGAAGAAUUUGACUCGCGAUGCGCGCUCGAACGCCUUUACAAAUCUUGGAAGCCAAACAGCGAGCGAAAAGCAGCUGAUUGUUUCUGUUGAGGACAAGUCCGGCUGGUACAGAUGAGGCUGCGAAUGAUUCGUAACUGCGGACUGGAGAGGAGUAUAUCGAGGUAUUCGCAAUCGUUACCGCGAGGAUUGCUGUUUCUGACGGCUGGACGCUGACAAGAGGGGCGGACAAACAAUAGUGUGUUACAGCAGCUGCAGUGUUUGCCAAUAUUCGAUGGAUGAGUUCCAUCCAUUUAUCGAGGCGCUUCUACCGUUUGUGAAGUCUUUUUCGUACACGUGGUUCAAUCUACAAGCCGCCAAAAGACGAUAUUACAAGAAACACGAAAAGCGAAUGAGCUUAGAAGAGGAACGUCAGUGUAAGGAAGAACUUCAGAACGAGAAGCUGGAAGUAAAACAGAAAUGGGCCUCGCGGCUUCUCGGAAAGUUACGGAAGGAUAUCACGCAAGAGUAUCGGGAGGACUUUGUACUGAGUAUUACGGGAAAAAGACCGGCGAUGUGUGUUUUAAGCAAUCCUGACCAAAAGGGCAAAAUGCGCCGGAUCGAUUGUCUUCGUCAAGCAGACAAGGUAUGGAGGCUGGAUCUGGUUAUGGUGAUCCUUUUCAAGGCGAUUCCAUUGGAAUCGACGGACGGAGAAAGACUAGAGAAGACUGCGGAAUGCGCGCAACCCGGUCUCUGCGUCAAUCCUUAUCACAUCAAUGUUUCCGUCCGGGAACUGGAUCUCUAUCUCGCUAAUUUUAUCACGAGUCACGAAGUUCUGAAUGGCAUCUGCAACGCUAGCAAGGAAGAGGACAGGCGUCGAAAAGGUACAGGAUACCACGAACUAUAUAACGGUGUUGUCUGCAAUGACACCAUCCUUGCUACGGGUGUCUUCAGCUCCAAAGAGCUCUGGAUGCUUUCAAAAGCAUCCAUACUGCAUGACCUCAGCGACAUGCAGCCUCAAAUAAACGCGAUCAAAAUAGAGCACCCGCCGUACUACUGCAGCAGCUACACCCCUCCAUCCGCAGCCACGACCGCGGAUCACGUUCAGCCGGCGGCUAGCUUCAGUCCACCACCGGUACAUCAACUGCUAAGAAAUGACAAGACUGAAAAGCCGCCGACAGUCUCGGUUUCGAGCGCGCCGACAUUUUCAUCAGUUCUCAGGCCAGAAGAUGGACAUCGUGGAAUAGAUUCUCCUCAUUCGCAAACAGGAUUGCAUUCACCUCACGAAGGAUUGACCGGUGCCGCCGGUCAAAGCAUGUCUGGAUUGGCUUACUAUCAACCGGAACAUCCUGGGUCCACAGGAGUAGUAAAGUAUCCUGAAAAUGGUCACGACACUCUUUCAGAUUUCGUGACGUUUGUCUGUCAAGAGGCUGAGAACACUCAACAAUUACCCCAGACGCAGCUAACCGGGUCACGCACUGGUAUACAAAAGUUCUCGCAGUAUUAUCCGAGUUCGAUGUUACCACCUCCGCCUCCCGCUCCUAUGGCUAGGCCGGUGGCGAUAAUAAGAUCGACGGGUGAGCUAACGGCAACAACCGCCAGCUCGCCACCAACGUCCUCCACAUCGCCCACUGAUCCAGCCGAGCUAGGUACUAACCAGGAACAAAUGACUGCCGCGGCGGCGGUUGGUUUGGUUAGUUCUGCUUGUCAGAAUUCUGUCGAACCUACUGGACGAAAAAGUCCCGCCAGAAUCCUCGUUACGCCACACACCAGCAGAGAAUACACAUUCGCUCAUUUUCACUCGCAACCCGGACAGCAAAUCUUCACGUAUCCGACCAUCAGCUCGAUGUCUGGGGUAAUUUCGCCGACUAACUUGUCUCUAUUUUCAUCUCCUGUCUCGGUUACGAGGCCUGUAGCCACUCAGAGGCCAGUAUCCAAUGUUCCGCCACGUUGGAAUACCGCACCGUUUAUCAACUUGGAAGACGAUUAUAACAUGAUCGCGCCCAUCAUCGCUGGUACCACCAGUGAGCCAUCGGCUGCAAUGGAGGAAGAACGGUACUAUCAUUCUGUGCAUACGGGCGGUGUGGAUAAAAAUGGUAAUGGUAAUCUAAUAGGCAACGAACUCGGAGUAAACACAGAUCCCACGUCGCAUCAUCACCCGCAUCAACAACAACAGCACCAACAGCAGCAGCAACAGCAGCAACAGCAACAUCAGCAGCAGCAACCGCAACAGCAACCGCAACAGCAACAGCAACAACAGCCGUCUUCGCAACAGCAGCAACAAGUAAUGCCAGAUAAGUCUGGCGGACCUAAAUCUCCUCCGUGACAGUGGAAUCUGAGAAUGGAAAAUCCUGAGAGACUCGCGAACUCGCCGUGUUUGUCGGGUUCGGCACUUAGCGUUAUACCUGAAGCGAGUAAUCGUCGGGAAGCUAUGCCUCGUAUACAGUUACGUGAUUUAAACUUGCGGAGAAUAGAAUAUUUGAGAGUUCGAUCUUAGUAGCGAAGCGAGAAUAAGAAUGCUUUCCAAGGAAUGUAAUCGAGGAAAGAAAAAGUCUGUUUUAUUCGUAUUUAUUGAAAUGUAUCGCUCUAUGCUAUAUAGAGAGAAAGUUUCACAUAUUGCGAGAACCUAACUAACCAAUUAUACAGUUCUUCUAUAGCGUAAUUUACCGCGAUAGAGAGUUUGCGACGCUUGGAAUAGCCAUAAGAUAACGUCGCCGUGCAUGCCUUAUCGUGCUCGAUAAAAGAAAAUUUUUUACAUACGAUGCCGUACGUAAUAAAACGGAACAAUGUUCAAAGUAUAAUAUAACAUAUUUAGAUGCGGAACGUCGUAAUUCCAGCAAAAAUUGAUGCGAGUAGUCUCACGCCAAAUUUCAUAAUAAUUAUACAACAUGAUAGCAUUUGGUAUAUGUUGUCAAUUAUGUGCUCGUGCAUUUGUAUUGCACGAGUUCGCGAUACGCGAUCCAUAAUUUACGAUUUACGAUCUGACUAGUUUUCUCUUUGUUUGUUUCUUUCUCUCUUUUUUGGUUUUUUCUUCCCCAAUUUUUCUCAUAUCUUCUUUGUUUGUCUCUCUCUUUCUCUGUUCUCUCUCUUCUCCUUCUUUCUUCUCCUCCUCCGUCUUCUUUUCCUCUUUCUUCUUCUCCUCCUUCUCCCUCUCUUUCUUCUCUUCUAUCAUUCUUGGUUUGUCAACACAUAUUUCGCAUAAUUUCACGCAAGUAGAGUUGGAUAAAAUGUUAUUUUAAUUUUCAUUUAAAUCUUUAUAAAUACACGAACGCAAAAAAAGAAACAAUUAUUAAUUGUUAUCAGUUGUCAUUUAAGACGACAAUAAUCCUUGUUCGAUUUUGUUUGAUUGCUGUCAGUCAAUUGAAAGCCGAUCAAAUUUGUCGAGGUAUAUAUACCAAGACGUUUUUGCCCUCAAGUGAGGUGGCACGUUUUUGUUGUUGUUUAACUGAAACUUAUGUCCUCGAUAUUUUCCUCGGUACUGCACUCGUAUUCAGUUUCUAAAUAUGCAAAGCAUGUUAUUCAAUUGGCGAGAUUAAGAACUACUCCAACACAAAGUGCAUUAUAAAGGCAUUGGGUAAAAAGAAUCGGAUAACAAGUAUCGUUUUGAUAUAUCUGUAUUACAGGCAACUUUUCGCUUAGUGUAGAUGCCUAGUUCUGCAUUUUAUCAAGCGAUACACAUUUUAUAUUAAACGUAUUUAGCAUACGUUUGACUUAAACCGGGAAUUAUAAUAGGAUGAUAAAAUGUGGGUGUAUAUAGUGCCGAGAGUUAGUCACUUACACGACGAGGACAGAGUCGAGUUUCCUCGUUUAGACUAUUAGUCGUUUAGAAAUACUACUUUCGAGGCUCGAAAUCGCAGUUGUAGCAGUGGUAUAUAAUAUUCUUCCAGUGUUUGUAUUAUAAUAAAAGAUUCGUUAUUUUCGUAGUAAAAUUUUCGCGACAGACGAACACAUUUUCUUUCUGAUAGAUACUUCUUUCUGAUAAGAAAUCAUAAUAUUUUGUAUAAAUAGUAUUUACAUUUUGUAAUCGCGACGGCAAUAACUAAAAGAGGCGUGGAAACAUGGAUCGCGCGUGUCUAUGUAGUUUCCGUUAUUACAUAAAACUAGGAGUAUGACGCGCUUACGCAAUUAUCGAUAGCGCGAGAGCGUAGACUACUCCUUUCCUCAUUAUCCAAUCAAAUCUUUCGGAAAAUCACCGACAGUCCCAUUCGCAUAUUUUGAUAUCUCUUUUACGCUGGAAUAAAAAGAUAUGCCGUGUCUUUGUCGAUGACUCUGCGCACGUCCUGUACGUCGACGUUUCGACGUUCAUUUCUCUGUCGCGCGAGAAGCUGCUCUUUUAUCUUAUAUAUCGCGACUGUCCAAAAUACACGAGUUUACACAUAUUUAUUCAGAAUCGCGGAUUAUCAGUGCAGCAUAAGGCAAGUAAGUAUCGCAGAUUGAACGCUGGGCACGAGCGCAAUUUGUUAUCCCGAACAUCGUAAAUUUAUUGGCAUCGUAGAAAUGUAUAAUAAAUGGCUCGUUGGACGUGGAUAUUUGCGACUAACGUGGCUAAUAAUCGGAUGUUGAACAAUGUGAGUUAUAUAUUGCGCCGUGCUUCUUUCUUCUGUAGCGAUAUCAAUAAAUUGGAAAUUUUAUAAAGAGAUCGACGUGAGAUGAACGUCGAUAGUGGCAGGCUAUUCCCGCUUAAACAGAGAAUCAUUGAAUGCGGAUUCGUGCAGAUUUGCGAAAGGAGAAAUAGUCGAUGAUAAAUCGAUAUGCGUCGUUAUUAGAUAAUGCUCAGACUAGCAUUAACAUUAGCGCGAAAUAACCAAUGACAACUAGUCAUCAAAGGCUGCUAGUUAGAGACAAGAUGGAUAAUAUUGUUUAUCAGGAUAAUAAGUGCUUAACUACUUAAAAAUAUGUUACGAUAUUAUAUGAGAGAUAACAACGCGUAGAGUGCGUCGUGCGAAUGAGGUAGCAACCAAUGUGAUUAUCGCUGACAAACAUAGCCCAAGCUUGUUUCGAAAUCUUUCUCGUCGACAACGUAGAUUCCGAGAAACUCGAUUGAAUGAUUGAACACUAUGUACAGGCCAACUUUUUCAUCAUUUAUUUACAGAUAAAAUACUUACAGAUAAAA